CGGCGCAGACAAAUUUUAAAAAAACAUCGUCGUCGAAGUCUUAACGAUCUGUCGCUCCAGCCCGGCGAAGACGAAGACUGGAUCGCACCAUUAAGUAGCCUGUCAAUCCCGAAUGCGAAAUUGGAAGACAUAAAAAAAAGAAAAGAGUACUGUACUAGGAGGGGUCAGUUGAGGAAAGAUUCUGGGAGAGGGUCCUGCCUGGACUGUUUGUUCCAGAGAAGGACACGCUGCCCAUCUCCACAGGGCGCAAUGGCAUUGCGGAGCUCUCUGGUUCUCCUGGUGGUGUGUCUGGCGACGGGAAUUGCAAGUGAAGGGGAAUUCUGCUAUGAUGUUACUUCUGCCUGUGGUCCGAGUCAUUGGCCAGAUUUGGAUUCUACAUGUGGGGGGAAAGAACAGUCCCCAAUCAAUGUGGACCGUAAAGGAUUAAUGAGAAACAGCUCUUUGAAUCAGAUUGAUUUCCAGGGCUAUGACACAGCUCCAGAAGCAACAUGGACAAUCUCAAACAAUGGCCAUGCGAUUGUAGUAACCGUAGGAGGUGAGAUGCAGAUGAGCGGAGGAGGUUUGCCUACGACAUACAAACCGUUACAGUUCCAUUUCCACUGGGGCAGUCCUGCUUCAAAGGGCUCAGAACACACUCUCGAUAAGAAGCGAUAUUAUAUGGAGUUGCACAUUGUGCACAUUAAGUCAGAGUACGAGGACAUAGCUAGUGCCUUAAGUGAUCGAAGAGGUGUAGCUGUUUUGGGAGUCUUUUUGGAUGUGACUGACACUGAUAACGGUAACCUCAGUACUAUCACCGAUGCACUACCAGAUGUUAUCUACAAAGGUUCUUCAAAGGAUUUGCCUGCUACAUUUCCGCUGGGUAACCUUCUCCCUCCAAAACAAAAUCUGACCAGAUACUACAGAUAUGAUGGUUCCCUGACAACUCCUGGCUGUAAUGAGGCUGUCAUCUGGACAGUGUUUGAAUCACCCAUCAAGAUUGGCCUGGAACAGUACAAAUUGUUCGCCGACACCAUUCUUUCUACGGCAGAUGGGGAUUCAUCCACUGAGAAGCUGAUAAACAAUUUUCGUUCUGUUCAAGAAUUAAACAGUCGCACUGUUUAUGCUUCCAGGGAUGCUACUGUUCUCAGUUGUGGCAACAUUCCACUGUUGAGCUUUGUCUUAUCAGUCCUUCCAUUCCUAGCUAUGAGGCUGACUUAAAUGUGUAAUGUUCUUUUAAAAUGUUUUUUAAAAAUGAGUUCCCGUUGACAAUACAUGAGUUCUACAGUUGGGCAGGACAAAGAAAGUGUGCAAAGUUUACACAUCUACAAAUAGAGAAUCUGUUUUUGAAUCUUAAAAAAAGGUUGUAUAGAAACACUACAUACAGACCAUUCAGGGUUUUUUAUUAAAAAAAAUAUUUCAAUAUGUUUGCCAAGUCUAAUUCUCAAUGAAUUAAUAUGUAAUGAUUACAUUUAAUGUUGUAUUGAAUUUAGUUUUUUUAAACUAUUUUUAAUGGAUGCGAUGUUUCCAAUAUGUGGAAAUCUGAAAUUAAAAGUUUGAUUUCACUUUCA